AUGGCCGGCGGAGAACUUGUACUGCCUUCGACCGCCCGCAAUCUUGGGCCCGCUGGCCUCAUCACCGUCGCCUGGGUUGGCUUCGCCCUCGCAGCCAGCCUGGUUGCUGUCCGAUGCUAUGCCCGUCUCACUGAGGUCCACCGCUUCCACAUGGACGACUACUGGCUGCUCACGGCACUGUUGUUCCUCUUGAUCAACGCCAUACUGCAGACUUUGCAGACCCCAUCCACAUUCUACCUUGCAUGGCUCCAAGCCGGCAAACAGGAGCCCCCGGAACAAACACUCGCGGUUGGCAACUUAUACGUGCGAUAUGAGUUCGUCAUCAUUGCUUUCUUCUGGACUGUCUGCUGGUGCGUGAAAGCCAGCUUCCUUGCCAUGUACAAACGGUUGUUCGAUGGUCUACCACACUAUCUAAGACUUUGGUGGGUGGUCGUGCUGUUCACCGCGGGAGCAUACAUCGGAUGCUGGUUCGCCUCGGCUUGGACGUGUCAUCCACCCAGCACAUACUUUCAUUUCGGCACGUAUCAUCUGCCAGACAGAUGCGAGUGCACGAAGCCAAUUGAUGUGCGCGGCGGCGUCAUAUCCAUCUCCUACAGCACCGCCGUUGAUAUCUUGUCCGACUUGAUGAUCAUGGCAUUACCCAUCCGCAUCAUCCCCUCUCUGCAGGUUAGCCGCGCCCACAAGCGAGGUCUGGUCCUGAUUUUCUGCGUCGGCUUCUUCGUCAUAGCUGCCGCGGUGGUUCGCUUGACCCAGAUCGUCACGAGCGAGCGUACCGAUCCUGCUGGUCUGUCAGUUUGGGGUCUCGUGGAGAGCAGCAUUUCCGUCUGUGUGGGCAGUCUUCCAGCCCUGAAAGCCCUCAUCAGCCGCAAAGUCCACACCACCUUUCGAUCUGGCAGAUCAUCUAGCAAGUCCAGGUCCCGAAGCCGGCGACUGAACUUCAGCACAGAUGAGGAGCAGCACGAACUGUCCAAGACGAGCAAUGCGAACGCGAUCGCGUCGAGUGAUCGUUUGACUUCUGAUCCUCACUACAUUGAUCAAGUAGCUCAUGGUCAAAUUGUAGUCGAACGAGAAUACAUUGUACACUGA